AACCGUGACAAAAUGGUCGACUGUAUGAGCAAAGUCAUGCUGCACACGGUCGUCUCAUGCUGGCAACCUUUCCUGGGGCUGGCCCUCAUGGCUGUCUUCGUGGGCUCCACCCUGGGAUGUCCCUCACGCUGCGAGUGUUCUGCGCAGACCAAGGCAGUUGUCUGUCACCGCAAGCGCAUGCCCACCAUCCCGGACGGCGUCCCGACAGAGACCAGAAUCCUGGACCUGAGCAAGAACAAGCUGACAAUGAUCAAUCCUGAUGACUUUGUGAACUUUCCUGGGCUCGAGGAACUUGAUCUCAGUGGAAAUAUCAUCAGUUACGUUGAGCCUGGAGCGUUCAACGCCCUGUUUACGAUGCACUCGCUCAGUCUCAAGAGCAAUCGCAUCAAGCUCAUUCCCCUGGGAGUCUUUUCAGGUUUAACUAAUCUUACCCGGCUGGAUAUAAGUGACAACAAGAUUGUCAUCCUCCUGGAUUAUAUGUUUCAGGACUUGCACAAUCUAAAGUAUUUGGAAGUGGGCGACAACGAUCUGGUUUACAUUUCUCACCGUGCAUUCAGUGGACUUUUGAGCCUAGAGAUUCUAACCCUAGAAAGAUGCAACCUCACAGUUGUUCCCACUGAGGCCCUCUCCCACCUGCACAAUCUUGUCGGCCUCCAUCUACGUUACCUUGGCAUCCACACUUUGCAUCCUUACUCAUUCAAAAAGCUGUUCAGGCUGCGGCAUUUAGAAAUUGAUAAUUGGCCUUCGCUAGACCAUGUGCCAGCCAAUACCCUGCAUGGCCUGAACCUGACAAAGCUGUUUAUAACCAAUACCAACUUGUCCUCCUUUCCUUACCAAGCCCUGAAGCAUUUGCCCUUCCUGACACACCUCAACCUGUCCUACAACCGCAUCAGGCACAUUGAAGGAGGGAUGCUCAUGGAGCUUGUUCGCCUGCGAGAGCUUCACCUGGUUAGUGCUCAGUUGACCGCCAUCGAGCCGUAUGCCUUCCAGGGUUUGCGGGGGCUAAAAGUCCUCAAUGUCUCUCACAACCGACUGGAUACACUGGAGAAAGGCGUUUUUCAGUCCCCUGAGGCUCUGGAGGUUCUUCUGAUUGACAACAACCCAUUGGUAUGCGACUGUCGUCUCAUGUGGAUCCUACAGAAAAGGCACUCCAUCUUCUUUGGGGAUUCACAACCGGAGUGUAGUACACCUGAAGGUAUCCGAGGAAGGCCUUUUAAGGAGUUUAAGGAGACUCUUCUGUCUUAUUACGUGACAUGCACCAAGCCAAAAAUUCGUGAGAAUAAAACACAAACCAUCACUGUGGAUGAGGGCCAGCGGGCGAUGCUACACUGCAGUGCUGAGGGGACACCCCGACCCACUGUGUCAUGGCUGUCUCCUCGGCGACGUAUUCUGACGAGUAGGAGCCAUGGUCGAGUGAGCGUCCACAACAACGGUACACUGGAGAUCAAGUCAGCAGAAGUACAAGACGGCGGUGUGUACCUUUGCCUUGCCUCAAACACUGCCGGGAAUGACACCCUGAUGACUUCAUUGGCAGUGAAAAGCCUGGGAUCACUGUACGCUAACAGGACCCAGUACUACACAGAUCCCAGCAACACCACUGCCAAUGGGACGACCGGUGUGACCCUCGGUUUGGACCUAAAGACUAUUCUAGUGUCUACGGCGAUGGGUUGUUUUACGUUCCUGGGAGUGGUCUUGUUUUGUUUCCUGCUCCUUUUUGUUUGGAGCAGAGGAAAAGGAAAACAUAAAAACAACAUAGAUGUUGAAUAUGUGCCUCGGUCAAAGUCUAAUGGCACCAAUGUUGACUCGGCAGAAGGACAAGCUGGACCUCGUCGUUUUAAUAUGAAAAUGAUGUGA